CACAUUAGUUCAAUCCCAUCAUUAUGUAGAAACGAAUACUAGGGAGAUAGAGAAAUGAAGAGACUUACCAAAAGUUACUUUUAAAGGUCCUCAUAUCUCCAUAUUUCUAUGAUCCUAUCAUUCUAAGACUAAAGCAUAGUUUAUUUUAUUUAGGUUUAUUCAGUUACUGGCCUUGAUUUUGUAUUUCUAUUUGGCAGAUGAAAUGUCUUCGUCUAACACUUUCAGUCUUAACCAAUCUGGCCCCACUGAGUUUGUGUUCCAAGUGUUCACCACUUCCCGCAAGAUCCAGGCCCUCCUCUUCUGUUUCUUCCUCCUCCUUUACAUAAUGAUCCUCUGUGGUAACACAGCCAUCAUCUGGGCUGUGUAUACUAACAGUUCCCUCCGCACCCCUAUGUACUUCUUCCUGUCCAAUCUGUCCUUCCUAGAGAUCUGUUACACCACUACUGUGGUGCCACUGAUGCUCUCCAACAUCUUUGGGGGCCAAAGGCCCAUUCCAUUAGCUGCAUGUGCAGCUCAGAUGUUCCUGUUUUGCUCCCUUGGUGGCACUGACUGUUUCUUAUUGACUGUCAUGGCAUAUGACCGCUUUGUGGCCAUCUGCCAUCCCUUGCACUAUACUCUCAUCAUGACCCAGAAGCGAUGCAUCCAACUUGUUCUUGUUUCUCUGGUUCUGGCUGUCUUCCUUAAUCUACAACUCACAACACUGGUUUUCAACCUUCCUUUCUGUGGGCACCAGUUACAGAUCAAUCAUUUCUUAUGUGAUGUCCCACCUGUCUUACGCCUGGCCUGUGGUGAUACUCGAGUGCAUCAAGCUGUCCUAUUUGUUGUGGGUAUCAUUGCACUGACAAUACCCUUUGUGCUUAUCUCCAUUUCCUAUAUCUUUAUUGCCAAUGCCAUUCUACACAUUAACUCAGCAGAGGGGCGUCGCCGUGCCUUUUCCACAUGCUCUUCCCAUCUCUGUGUGGUCCUUUUGCAAUAUGGUUGUUGCACCCUGGUCUAUAUGCGUCCUAGGUCCAGUACCUCAGAGGAUGAGGAGUGGCAACUUGCCUUGGUUUACACCUUUGUUACACCUCUCCUCAACCCCCUCAUUUACACUCUACGGAAUAAGGAUAUCAAAGAUGCAUUGAAAAAAUCCAUGAGCUGCAAAGUACUCUCUGAAACUCCAUGA